AUAUAUAAUUUCCCUAUUAAUAAUUUUCUAUGGAUACUGAAGAAAUAUUUUAUUUUUUAACAGUUUUAACAGUUUUUAUAAUUUUAUUUCAAUUAAUUGAAAUUUGACAUUUUAAUGGAAGAAAAUUUACAAAAUAAUUUCAAAUUUUACAAAAUAUUUCAAAUAUCUACUCUUUCUUCUGAUGCUUUUUUAGUUAUUUUUGUUAGUCUUUCACUUUCAACUUUAAGAUUAUUUUCUGAAUUUUUAUUAGUUAAAAGUCGUUUGCCACAAUUGCUCAUUAGUCGAAAGAAGCCAAAUCCAAGAGCGAUUAUCAAAAUGCUUGGAACAACCUUUAAAUUGAAUUAUUUAUUUUUGAUAAGAUUUUGGAUUAUUUAA